AAGCUCAAAUACCAAUGUGAAUAUUUAAUACAGUCUACUACCAAUGGCAAAUGAGCCUGUUUAAAAAUUCCUAGUACACUACUUCCGUUGGGUAUAAACACGAUUGUACCCAAAUUCUUUUUGUAAAGGUGUAUAAAAGACAAAACGAUAACAAUUUCGUGGCAGUAAUGCCAAAUCGAAGCAAUUUUUCUGUAACCUGGCAGCACCGCCCCAUCCAUGGCAGAAUUUGUCACAGUUCAGCAAAGUGAAAUCGGCGAAAAAUCAUUGUUGCAAACAGGGAAAAACAGGAAAAUUUACAGCUAAAUAGACGGUUUUCAUAAAAAACAACACCAGCGAAAUCUUCAAUACCAACUUUAUUAUCAAUUGCAGUCUGAUAGUAUUGAAUAUAUACGAAAACAGAUAAACAGACUUUGAUUUCGGGAUUCAACAUUAAAAACUGAACAAGCGAAAUUUUUCAACUGCCCUUAAUGUCCGCAAAUACAGCAUCCACAUCGAAUCCAACGGGUUCGUCUAACACCACCACAACGACGACUUCCCAUGGCUUAUCUGCUGCUAGCACUAGUACACCCAGCAGACCGGCAGUCCGUGCACUCGCUCUGGAAUACAAGUCAUUGCAAGAAGAACCUGUCGAAGGCUUUCGUGUAAAGUUGCUGAACGAAGAUAAUCUGUUUGAAUGGGAGGUGGCAAUAUUUGGACCGCCAGAUACGCUCUAUCAGGGCGGAUACUUCAAGGCACACAUGAAAUUUCCACCAGAUUAUCCAUAUUCACCGCCAUCUAUACGCUUCCUGACUAAAGUUUGGCAUCCAAAUGUUUAUGAAAAUGGUGACCUAUGCAUUUCCAUAUUACAUCCACCGGUCGAUGACCCACAAAGCGGUGAAUUGCCUUGUGAAAGGUGGAAUCCAACGCAAAACGUACGUACCAUACUACUGUCAGUUAUAUCGUUGCUGAAUGAACCGAACACAUACUCUCCAGCCAACGUUGACGCAUCGGUUAUGUAUCGGAGGUGGCGCGAAUCACAGGGAAAGGAUAAUGAAUAUCCAAGCAUAAUAAGAAAGCAAGCGCAAGCUGCAAAUGCCGAUGCUAUAAGGGAAGGUAUUGUUGUGCCGAUGACGCUCGAGGACUAUUGCCUCAAGCCGACCCGUAAAGCGUCUACAGAACCAACGCUAGACACAAAUUUCUUUGACGAUGAUUUCGAUCUAGAAACUGAAGAUGAUUUGCCUACUGACGAAGAUGAUGAGGAUGAUGAUGAUUAUGACCUCGACGAAGACAACACAAAUUCGAAACGUAAAGACAACGGUACGGCGGAUGAGUCGGCUGAUGACAGCGGCAAAGGUGAGACCUCGUAAUUUGAAACAUAGCAAUGAAGAAUGGUUUUGGCUGCAGAUUGUAACGUCAUGAGGUGUAAGACGACGCUAGCAGUUUGAAGGUAGGAAAGGCGAAUGGAUGAAAUUAAUUAAUAUUUUGUAAAUGGCUAAACAUAAACAUGAAAAAAGUCGUAAAAAUAUUUUAAAGCAGCGCAAAUGUGGCAACAAAAUUCAGGAAUAAUUAGCACAUAUUUAGUGUAAAAUAUGAUUAAAAAACAGAAAACAGAAACUUUAAAAUUUUCAAAAGCAAAAGAGCCAACUUUUCAAAAAAGCAAUACUGCAAAAUUACCGUAAAUAUUUUUUGUAAAUGAAAUCAGAAAUAAACAGAUAUGCAAACAUAUACAUUUAAAUGGAUGAGUGCAGAAUAGAUGUAACUGAUAUUGUUUAGCAACAAUUAGCAAAUAAGUGUUUUUCUAAGAAAGUAACAAUAAAAACAGUAAACGGAAAUAAAAAAGCAAAAACUUGUAAAGAGUAACAACAAAGAUUAAAGCCAAAUAAAAAAUUGACAUAACAAACAGCAAAAAAUGCCAUAUUCUUAGCGCAACUAACAAUAUAAUCUUGAAUGUUGCCAACAUGCGUCCUACUCUAUUGGGUAAGCACGAUCAUGAACAUAAAACUUGUUCGUUUCUGUUUAUAAAAUGAGACAACGCCUUUUUUUCAAAAAUUAGUUUAUGUUAUCUAUAUUGCUGCUUUCUACACACCACCUAGUGACACUACUGUGCACCGCGGCACGCAUUCACUUAUCGCAAUUUAAAUCAUAUAAAACUAGCUGAACAACACACAUACAUAUGUCAUCUAAGGCUUAGAAUCUAAGCGACCACACACUAACACACAUAGGUAAACAAUAUAUUUUUUAUUUAUUUUUCUUGAGACAUCAUAAAAUACUUUUAACUAUGAAACUUUUACUUUCAAUAAAAUGCACCCAGUGUGUAUUGAAUUAUGCAAUUCAGUUUUUAAAACUUUGAAAAUUAUUUUGUAUAUUAUUGCUUUUAUGUAUCUACACAUGUAUGUAGUUAUAUAUUUAGUUAAAUUUCGGCACAGAAAUACAUAAUAAAUACAUAAAUAUUAAAGGCUUCUCAUUUGCCUGUGCUUGGCCGAGCUUUUCCUCCGAUUUGUGGUGAGCGCCAAAGGGGGAGAGGGAUGUAAUUUUAUGCCGCCUCCGAACAGUAAAUAUUUUGUUUUUUGUGGAAAGCCGAGGGGCGAACGCUCUUUGCAAAAUAACUUUCUAUUUGGUAGUGUGCAUCUCUAACCGCUCGACCACGACGACCACAAUACAUAGUUUGUAUUAAAGCCUGCUAAUUUAUGCAUACAUAAACAUAUAUUUCUUUUUUUUUUUUUUACUCUACACAUAUUCACAUUAUUUUACUUUUUGCCAGAGCUAUAUUUUUAUACUCAUAUACUACAUCCAUAUGUAAUAGUUUUUAAUAUAAGACUUCGAUUUUCUGCAUUACGUCAAAGAAAAAGUAGAGUUCUGAUCUUAGCGUACCAACGAACUAUUUAUUAACUAAUUGGUUUCGUCUGUGUAUGUAUGCGUGUAAGUUUACUUUGUACAUGUACUAUAUGUAGAUAUGUUUAUUUCUAAUUAAUAAUAUACAUGUAUGUACACAUUUGGCAAAUAUUAUGCAGCCGGAAGAUUCUUUCGAAAAUUAUGAACACGGCCUUAAAAAAUGUAAAAUGGCUCAAAUGUAUCGAUAAAGCAUCGUAAAAGGAACAAGUAAUUUUUAAGCAAAAAACAAAACCGACUUCAAUUCUCAUAUACAAAUUUAAGAGUACCGUUAAUUUCUUCAUGAUCCAAUGAUCGGCUUUCUUUUAAAAAAUUAUAGAAAUCGGUUAACGUGGUUCAAAAUUAUGCAGUAACAUACAUAAAAAAAAAAUAUUCCGACGAAUUCCCUACAUACAAGAUACAUUCAGUGAAGCAUACAAAUUACUAUUUCGGUAUUUUAAAGCUGAUAUACAAAUAAAAAAUUGACGCAAUUAAGAGGUUUAAAUAAUUUUACUAUUAAAUCUAACUUACAUACAUACAUACAUACCUACAACAAAAAUAAUACAAGUUAAAGACACAAAAAUAUAUGGUUGCGUUGAAUGGUAAAUUCAAGCCAGUCUUAAUGCAUGUACUCAAAUCUCAAAACCUUAUCAAUUAUGUAAAAAAUUACACAACUAUAGCGAACGACUAAGAACCUUUAAUUCAUAGAAGUUGAGGCAUAACGGCCAUGCUUGGGAGUAUAAAUACUGUUGUGAAGGAAAAUAUGUCAUAGACAGAAGAAAUACAUAGUACAUAAAUAAAAUGAGUUGCUAUAAACUAAAAGAUAAAAAUA